CCAAUCCCAGCGCGGUAGUGUCGUCACGGGGCGGGGCGGGCGCAGACGUGGUCCGUUUUUGGGAGUCGUCGGUCGGAAGCAAGAGCUGUGGCCUCUCGGUUCCGGGUCGCUCCGAGAAUGGUUCUUCGGCGGCUCUUGGCCGCGCUGCUCUACAGCCCGCAGCUGGUGGAGCGUCUGUCGGAGUCUAAGCCCAUCCGGCGUGCGGCGCAGCUCACAGCCUUCGCACUGCUGCAGGCCCAGCUCCGCGGUCAGGACGCAGCCCGGCGCCUUCGAGCCCUCGCGGCUGGGCCCGCGGGUUCCCUAGGUCGCCGCGCUGCCCGCUUCAAAGACACCUUCACUCAGGAGCUGCGCCGCGGCCUCCGGGACCGCCCGGGGUCACCCCCGGGUAGCCAGAGGGGCCCAGGCGCAAACCCCUAAAUCCACGCUGGGCCCGAUCAAGGUCACCGGCUUUCCUUUCUGGGCUCGACACAGGCCUCGGCGGUAAGGAGUCACCGUGGGCACUGCACGGCUUCGAAUUCUGACUCAGAUUGUCGGCCUUCUGGGGUUCCAUUCAUCAGGGAGCCCAGGCCAAACCGACAUCCCCGGUGAAGCCCUGUGAUCCGACUGGACAAUGUGAAGAAAGCCCCGAAGCCUGACAGAAGCAGAUAGGCUGGGCCCUGAUGUACCGUGUACAGGGAGCUAUGAACCAAACCACAGCCGAAAGAGUGCCCUCUGCUAAUGGGACUAAAACUCGUGCUAGAUGCUGCUACCUCUGCACUCACAGAGCAGCGCGCUACUUCCAGGGGGGGAGCAUGGAUGGAAGGACAAACCUGCAGCUGCCCAAAUCCUCUGAUUAAAUGUACGAGCUGAGUAA